UGGAUUCUAACCUGCAUUUAGACAUAUGUAAAUAGAUGACAUGACUGUACGAUUUUGGAUUUUGACGUUUCGCUUGACGUUGACGUAUUCAUUUUGGUUUUGUCGAUGGUUGUUUAGUACAAGUUUACAGUAAAUUAAUUAAAUUGAAAGGAUUUUCGUGCAAGUUUUAACUGAAAUCACGUUCAUUUAACAAAAAAACGAUCCACCAUGAGCGAACUGAGUCAAGAGGAAAUAAGACGAAGGCGAUUAGCCAGACUAACAGCCAGGGAAUCCACGUCCCCAUCCACCUCCCUAUCGCCCCCGAUGACCCCCUCCCAGUCGCCCCUCAACUCCCCGUCGAUCCAGCCGCCCGACAUCCGGCCCCACCUCCCCGACAAGCCCAAACCGGAACCCCUCGAGCCCGAGAAGCGCAUCGGCGACGUCUUCAAGGAACCCUCCAAACCCAUCGACAUCCACACGCCCUCGAGCUCCAAAGCACGAUCGCGCGCUCCGCCCCAACGCAGCGACUCCGAGACCAGCUCCGUGCACAUGGAGGUCGACGACAACCUCUCGGGCGCCGACAAGAUCAGCGCCAACACCGACAUCGAUUCGGGAUUCGAGAACAUGGAAGUGGACGAAUUGGAUGUGCAAAAGAAUCAACGUAAACAAGCCGAAUCGACGGAGAUAACGUUGCAGCAACUUCAGUCGUGUGUCGCUCGAGUGUUGCACGUGAGUUACACGGAGGCAUCGGACGGAGGUCUGUACUUACCGGAAACCGCCGAAGUGCUCCGAGACAACCCUUCGAUGAGCGUACGCGACCUCACUUCGAACUCCUUGAUGGAGGUUAUGUUCAAAUUCGCCAGAGGGGAGAAUCCCUUCAAGAACGUGCCUCGGCCCGCUUUGGACGCCUACGAUGCGACCAGCUUGGGCUCGAGCCCGGCCAAUUUGAGCCCCUCGUCGAGCCCGAUGGCCGAAGGUUGUCCCAUACCGUUGUUGACCCUAAAGAACAGCAACAACAACAACGCCGAGCACAACAACGACACGCUGGCCAUUAAUUAUUUGAUGGACUCGUACAAUAGGGUCAGCGUGGAAGUGCGAAACAAUCCGAAGAAAUUGAGCGUUCCUCUUAUGUGUGAUAUAUUAACCGAACUUAGGACUCAAAUUAUUCAUUAUACUACCGUCGUUGUUCAAGGUUUGUUGGUAUCGGAGAGCAAAGCGAGCUCGCCGUUGUUGUAUCCGGUACUACAGCAAUCGAUGCCGCGCGGCUUCCUCACCGAUUUGAUCACGGCGAUUCACGCCAACGAGCGUCUGUUCGCCGGCGUGUUCAAUCCGAUCCUGCAGGGCCUCUACAAGACGAUGCAACAGGCCAGCAUCGUGGGCGACGAGCACCGCGCGCCCAUACAGACGUUGUUCGAGCUGACCGACGUCCGGUGCGGACCGAGGCCGAUUUGCUCGUUGCUGGUCAAACAGGCGCAGUUCGUGCCGACGGUGUGCACGCCGGCGGCCGGACGGGAGAUCGUCCGUUGCUCGUUUCUGGGGCCGUUUCUCAACAUAUCGGUGUUCGCCGAGGACGAGCCGAAGGUGGCCGAGAAGUUCUUCGGCGGCAACGCGUCGAGCGACAAGAGCUUGGUGCAAUCGGAGUUGGAGUACACGAGGCGCGUGCAACACAAGAUAUUCCACUAUUUGAUGGUGAACCAGGACAGCAGGGACGCCUGUUUGCAUUACAUCGCCCAGGUGUUGAAGCACAACGAAAAACGAUCUCAAUUGCAAAUCGAAGAAAGGGCCGUAGCUGGCGACGGUUUCAUGUUGAAUUUGCUGAGCGUGAUGCAGCUGUUAUCGGUCAAAAUCAAAUUGACCAAAGUGGAUUUUAUGUACCCGUUCCAUCCCGAGACGCUCGUGAAUAUCGCCAACGAUACCAGACUGAAAUUCGCCUCUCAAGAAGUCGCCGAUUGGAUAAAAGAAUACGGCGCGUCUCGAGAGUACCAAAAACCGAACUUUUCGACGAUCUGUUGGUUCCUGACGUUGCACUGCCACCAUCUGGCGCUGUUGCCGGCGCUGCAAAAGUACCAGAGGAAAUUGCGCGCCAUCAAGGACCUGGAGAAGCUGCUCGACGAGACCGAGGCGGCCGAGGCCCAAUGGCGUAACACGCCGUUCGCCAUCAGAAACCGGCAGUUCAUCAAGCGCUGGAAACAGCAAUUGAAGAAACUCAAAAAGCAAGUCGAAUUGUCGAAAAUUUGCGCGGACGCCGGUAUAUUGGACAAGAACGUGAUCAGAAGAUCGCUGGUAUUUUAUACUGCCGUUUCCGAGUUUCUGCUGAGCUUGUUGACGAAUACCGCGCCAGGUGAUGAUCUACCGGAUCUACCGUUCACCAGCUCGGCGCCCAUGUUUUUUUCCAUGCCCGAGUGGUACGUGGAGGAUAUUGCCGAGUUUUUGCUAUUCGCCUUACAAUACUUCCCGACGGUGAUAGCCGACAACAUGGAGGACUCGAUGAUAUCGUGGCUGUUGGUGACCAUAUGCUCGUCGAACAUGAUCAAAAAUCCCUAUCUGGUGGCCAAAUUGGUGGAGGUCGUGUUCGUGAUACUGCCGUCGAUACAGCCGCGCUGCGAGGCGUUGUACUCGCGCAUCAUGAACCAUCCCAUAUCGCAAACGAUCCUGCCCAGUUCGCUGAUGAAGUUCUACACCGACGUGGAAACGACCGGAUCCAGUUCGGAGUUUUACGAUAAAUUCUCCAUACGGUAUCACAUCAGUUUGAUAAUAAAAAAAAUGUGGUAUUCCCCGGUACACCGGCAGAGCCUGAUCAACGAGUCGCGGGGCGGCCAUCAAUUCGUCAAGUUCGUCAACAUGCUGAUGAACGACAUGACGUUCCUGCUGGACGAAUCGUUGGAGUCCCUCAAACGCAUACACGAGGUGCAGGAGUUGAUCAGGGACGAGGAGAAAUGGGCCAAGAUGGCGUCCGAUCAACAACAAACGACCAUGAGACAGUUGAAUUCGGACGAGCGCCAGUGCAGGUCGUACAUGACGCUGGCCCGGGAGACCGUCGAUAUGUUUCAUUAUUUGACUGUUGCGAUCAAGGAGCCGUUUCUCAAGCCCGAAUUGGUCGAUAGGUUAGCGUCGAUGUUGAAUUUCAACUUGCAACAGCUCUGCGGCAAGAAGUGCAAGGACUUGAAAGUGCGCCAUCCGGAGAAAUACGAUUGGGAACCGAGAAGGUUGCUCAGCCAAUUGGUCGACAUUUAUUUGCAUUUGGACUGCGACAAAUUCGCCGAGGCUCUCGCCGGAGACGAGAGAUCCUUCAAGAAGGAGUUGUUCGAAGUGGCCGCGGCCCGUUUGGAGCGGAUUUCGAUAAAAACGAGCGUACAAAUAGAGCAAUUUAGAGCGCUGGCCGGGAAGGCUCUGAGGAUAUUGGAGAACAAGAGGAAAUCGGAGGAUUGGAUGGCGGACGCUCCCGAAGAAUUCAAAGAUCCACUGAUGGAUACGCUUAUGUCGGAUCCAGUGUUGUUGCCGAGCGGUCAGAUUAUGGACAGAUCGGUCAUAAUGAGGCAUUUGUUGAACAGUAAUACCGAUCCGUUUAACAGGCAAUUGUUGACUGAGGAAAUGCUGAUACCGGCCGACGAUUUGAAAGAGAAAAUUCGAAUAUGGAAGAAAGAAAAAGCCUCGAAAUCAAAGUAAUUUUAUCAUUUUUUUUAGUUUAACGAUGAAUACGGAUACAUUUGUUAAAAAACUUUGAUUGAAUUCUAUAUUUAAUUGUGAUAAUUAUGUAAUAUAUUUCGUUUUGUACUUUUUCUACUAUUAACGAAUGGAGAAUUUUUAUUUAUAUAUUGUUCAGUUUAUAGCGUUGUAAGUGAAUAAAGUGGUAUAGAUC